AUGUCUGACCUUUUAUCUGAAGAGGUUACGACCCACCCUCUGGACGGAACAGAGCCAAACGGAACAUCGACCAAUAAAGAUGUGCUAGACAACUUAUUUAAGGAUGGCGAAAUUGAUCCUCUCACCAAACUUAUGGCAGAAAAGGAAGCGAAGGAGAAAGCCCAGAAAGAAAAAGAGGAGAAAAUCAAGAAAGCUACCGAAGGCAUGUUUUCACUCAACGCAGACCUUGGCAAGUUUCUCGACAUGAAAGAGAAGCUUGGCUCUGCCACGGAAGUCAACGAGUUUCUGAAGGCUCGGGGUGUUCUUGAGAAGAUGAGGACCGAUGCCGAGACCAAGGUUAAAGAUGGCGAACUUUCACUUGGGACAAUCGCCGAUGCCACGGGAACAGGUGCUGGAAAGAAACCAACUGAUGCGGAGAAAGCUGCCGCUUUGCUUGAGAAACAGAAACUGGACUUGUCGCUCACGGACCGCAGCAAGUUCGAAGUUGUGGCUGCAGAUAGACCAGCAGGGUUUGGCCCAAAAUACGUCGAAAUUGGCCCAUGGGAUGCAGUUUCGGACAAAGCAGAUAACCCUGUGACUCUAAAAACCGAGGAGUGGACAACAUUGCUUGCUAUCAACAAGGCCUUCCACGGUUUUACGAUUCGUGAAGAGCAGAAAGAUAUUGUCAAAGCAAGACGCCCAGCUUUCGUCCUAGAUGGUCCAGAUCUAUCCCAGAUAAAGCCAGAAUUUGAAGUUUUUGAUUCGUCUUCAAUUCAGAUUAAGGAGGCCAAAACUGAUUUGCAGCGCUCACUGGCAGAGAACGGGUUUUCCAGCCACUCGGUUCAAGCAUCGGCAUCUGGUGGUGCAUUCGGUGUCUCUGCCGGUAUCUCUUCUGGAUUAUUCACGUCGUCUUCUACCGGCUUAGCGACAACUGAUAUCGAGGCUCAAACAGAAUAUUUUGCAACUUACAACUUUCCCCGAGCACGAGUCUUCAUGGAUGAGUACAGUCUCAAGGUCUCCAAAGAGUGUGCUCUGGUGUUAGACGGUCUGAACAAGAAGUACAACCGAGAGUUUCGCACCUAUACCGAGGCAGAGUUGGACGCUGCUGAAGCAGAGCUUCGGACGUUCAGCGCACAAUACGGCCAUGUAUUUGCAACAACAUUCCAACUCGGAGGACAGCUUCAAAGCUCCAAAUUUGCAAGUUCACUCUUUUCUUCCAAGGAGAGCGACCAAAGAGAUGCGCUGAAAGCGUCAGUGGCAAUGAGCUUCUCGUCAACCUAUGCGUCAGGAUCUGCGUCAUACAGCAACGAGAAUCAAUCGCAUGAGAAUGAGAAGGAGAGAAAGAUCUCGGACCUUGCGACAUUGGCGUGGACAGCUCGGGGAGGUAAUUCCUUACUAUGUGCUAACCCACCUCGAUGGGCAGGCAGUGUCGGCACGUGGACAAAUUGGCGAGUCAUUGAGCAAGAAGAGGUUGUUCCCCUUUAUGAUCUGUUUGGUAGAUUUAAGGAGUGGGAGAAGAUUCCUAUACUGUUCAAAAACAUUGCUCAGAGACGCCUGGAAGCUCAAGCAGUGGAAAACAAUACCUGGAAAGGGAAGAUCAAAUUACUGAUCGAUGGGAAGCGACUGGGAUACAACGAGAACGAUACUGACACGUUGGUUGUUACCGCUCAACCAUCGGGUACAGGCCCUCGAGAACCUGUUUUCACCGUUCUCAGUGGCAUCAUAACUGCGAAAGACAAGAAACUAAAUAAUCUUCCUGUGGACUACCCGCUUAUUCUGGUGACAGGGGACAAAUAUGCUCCGGAGAAAAGUAAAAAUUACCAGAUUCCUGGCAUGUGGGUCAAUCCAAGUGGCCGGCUUAAGCCAGAGACAUCGACAGUCGGGUCCUACAUCUGCCGUUGGUCCUUCCGCCGCACGACUUCUUCGGGUCGCUGGACGCCCAAUCAACCUGAUAGCGAGAUCAAAGAUGGUGAUCAAGUCAACUUAUUUUGCCAUUCCAUUGGCCUCGGAUCCUAUGUUGAUUACGACAGGCCCCCAUCAUAUGCUUCGAGAGUCAAAUACCAUGCUGGUGCAGAUCAACUGGUUUGUCAUGGCUUUGGUGACCCAUUAGACGGGGAGUGGAACCAAGCACACCUGUUCGAUGAGGGCAAAUUAACUACUGAGCAAGUAGCAGACACUUAUUCUGACGACGAAAAACACGCAACUCUGCUGAACAUGGGCGGCAUGCUCAAUCUUGAUGCAAUACGGCUGGUGAACGAAGAGAAAAGAUACUGGGAUGGAGGCUGGAGAGGAGCGCUUUUUACGGUCCAGUAUGUUUACGAAACCGACAUAGCCGCUUGA